CUUUUUCCUUCGGGAGAGGACCUCAACACCACCACCUGCAACUGCUGCUGAGGUGAUCAUUGUUGAGAAUGAAGACGGCUGAAGUUGUUCUGUUGUUGCUGUGGUCUGGGCAGUGUGUGACUGCAGCAUCCAGUGAAGCUCUCCAAACCACAGGCACAGGCAAAGGCUCCCCACCACAGCAGGACAUCCAGACUGUGCUGAGAGAGAUGAGCAGCCUCAUCGCAGAGCAGACAGUGGAGCUCAAGUGCACCAAGACACAACUGGAGACCGUGGAGAAGAAGGCAGAGGCCAUGGAGGGCAGACUGAGAGCCAGUGAGAUUAAAGCAGAGGUCAUGGAGAGCAGACUUAGGGCCAGUGAGAUUAAAGCAGAAGCCACAGAGGGCAGAUUGAGAGCCAGUGAGAAGACUGUGGAAGAACUCACACACACCAACUCUGAACUCACACACACCAAGACACAACUGGAGGCUGUGGAGAGCAGACUGAGGGCCAGUGAGAUUAAAGCAGAAGCCACGGAGAGCAGAUUGAGGGCCAGUGAGAACUUGGUUGAUCAACUGAAGAUCGAAAACAAGGCUCAAGCAAUGGGUCUGAAUCUCACUGUGGCAGAUGUAUCAGAUCUGAAGAAGGAGAGAGAACAGAGCAGGGUGUCUUUCUCUGCCUCACUGGUGAAAGAGGGUGGUGGCAGAAAUUUUGGACCCACUGCUGUGGAUGCUCCUCUGGUGUUCAGAAACGACUUCACCAACAUUGGCAAUGCCUACAGUGCAAACACAGGGGUCUUCACAGCUCCAACCAGAGGAGUCUACUUCUUUGUUGUGUUUGUACUUGGUCAAGGUGGAUCUACAACUACAGGAGUCUGGCUGUUUAAAAAUGAUAAGCGCUUUGCUCUAGCAUGGAGUCGACAGCAAGACGGCUUUACCAAACCCUCCAAUGGAGCCUCUGUGGUGAUGGAGAAGGGAGAUGAGGUCUACGUCAAGCUGGUUUCUUCUUCAUGGGUGCAUGAUAACCAGAAUAACAACUGUGUCUUCUCUGGACACCUGCUGUUUCCCAUGUGAGGGUGUCAACAUAAUGCACAAUGCAGAGUCCAAAUCCACCACUACAGUAGGUA